AUGGACAAUGGCGCGCUGUUCGAGUAUGAAGAAGAGGCUGUUCGCCAGCCAUUUGCUGUGCAGACAUGGACCUCCUAUCUCAGUGCGCUGUCCGACGGUCCCAUUGCUGCUCGGUAUACAGUAUACGAGCGUGGCCUGCAUGCCCUCCCACGCAGCUACAAGCUCUGGAAAAUGUACCUCGAUGAUAUGCACGGCAACCAAGUGCGCGGACAGCGCGUAGACUCGUCUUUGUACACGCAACUCGUGUCGCUGUACGAGCGCGCACUGGCACAACUUUCUACGAUGCCGAGACUGUGGCUGGACUACCUAAGGGUACUACAAGAGAUGCACGUGGUCACAGCACGUCGCCACGUGUUUGACAGAGCGCUCCAGGCGCUGCCCAUUACCCAGCACCAUCGUCUAUGGAAAUUUUAUCUAGCUUUUGUAAAGGACGUUGGUGUGCCACGGACGGCUGUGCGCGUGUACAAGCGGUACUUGAUGUUUGAACCGUCAAAACGUGGAGAGCUCGUGGAUUAUCUAGUGUCGAUGGAGCUUUACGAAGAAGCAAGUUUGCAGCUCGUAAAGCUUAUCGAGACUGCGCAGGAGAACGAAGCAAGUGCAGACAGGACGCCGCACAGUAUGUGGAUGCAGUUGUGUGACAUGGUGUCGCAGCAUCCAACGCGCGUGGCAAAGUCGCUGGAUGUCGAAGCGAUCUUGCGUAGUGGAAUGGCACAGUUUCGUGAUGAAGCAGGGCGACUCUGGUGCUCGUUGGCGACGUAUUUUGUCCGACUUGGAAUGUUCGAGUCGGCGCGAGACGUGUAUGAAGAAGGGAUUUGCACAGUGCUAACUGUUCGUGAUUUCAGUAUGAUCUUUGACGCUUACGUGAAGUUCAUUGAGGCUAUGCUUACAGCCGAGAUGGAUUUGGCAGCUGGAGAAGAUGAAGAGGAUGAUGCAGACAUGGAUGACGAUGAGAUUGACCACCAAGCGCAGGUGGACCGAUUGCUGAAGGUAUAUGAGGAUGUGGCUGAACGACGACCUCUGCUGCUCAACUCGGUUCUCCUGCGACAAAACCCGCAUAAUGUGCGGGGAUGGGAAAAACGUAUCGGACUGGUCAAGUCGGACCUGUCGAAGGCCAUACGCACGUACGCUGAGGCUGUGAAGACAGUCGACCCAGCCAAGUCAGGAGGACGAUUGCCGACACUCUGGAUCCAGUUUGCGAAGUUCUAUGAUGAGCACGGAGAUCUGAGCAAUGCGCGUGUGAUCUUUGAAAAAGCCGUUCGUGUGGAAUGGCGCAAUCCACAAGAGCUCGCAGCUGUGUACUGUGAGUGGGUGGAACUAGAGCUCCGACAUGAAAAUUUCGAUACAGCACUUGAGCUUGUGCGCAACGCGUGUGCCGUUCCAGCCUCGCGAACCAUUCGCUUGCGUAAGCAACAGACACUGACCGCAAAAGACAAUGUGCAUCUUAGUGUGAAAUUGUGGACGCUGCGCUUAGACAUGGAAGAGAGUCUCGGUGAUCUCGAGUCGACUCGUGCUGCAUACGACGCUGUGUUUGAGCUCAGAAUCAUUACACCUCAGAUGGUGCUCAACUUUGCGGCAUAUUUGGAGGAAAACAAGUACUUUGAGGAGUCGUUUCGCGUGUACGAGCGCGGUUUGGCAGUUUUCCCGAAGUUUCCGCAUGCCGGGGUUCUGUGGGAGGCUUACCUGACCAAGUUUGUUGAACGAUACGCUGGUGCCAAGAUAGAGCGUGCUCGUGAUUUGUACGAGCAAGCCAUCUCUGCCGCCCCGGCCAAGUCUGCGUAUCGAUUCUACGACAAGUUUGCCGAUUUUGAGGAGAAGUUCGGUAUGCUGCGCAAUGUGAUGACAAUUUAUGAGCGCGCGUCCGACGCUGUGCCUGAUGACGACAAGCUUGCGCUGUAUGAUAAGUACAUCAAGAAGGCCCAAAAGUUUUUUGGCGUGGCGAAGGUGCGAGAUGUUUACAAAAGUGGUAUCGCAAAGCUACCGGACAAGUGCGUGCCGCAUUUAUGUCUGAGAUUUGCACAGAUGGAAGCAAAAUUGGGUGAAUUCGACCGUGCGCGGGCUAUUUACGCCCAUGCGUCGCAAUUCUGCGAUCCGCGACUACACGAGACGUCUUUUUGGAAAGUGUGGCAUGAGUUCGAAGUAUCGCACGGCUCGGAGCACACGUUUCUUGAAAUGCUGCGCAUCAAACGUUCUGUCGUGGCCCAGUACUCCCAAGUUAACUACAUUGCGUCUGACGUUCCUGCUCAGGAUGGAAAGACGUCGAAGAUUGCAGGGAUGGUUGCAGCUUCGACACCAGCGCCUGCCAUACCUGACGACGCUAUGGCUGCGCUGGAAGCACAACUUGAUGCGUCAUCGACUGACGAAGCGGACGCUGCGAAGAAAAGGAAGGGAGAGGUCCUGGAAUCUGACACUGAGCGGAAUGUGCGCCAGAAGCAGAUUGUGGAGGUCGCAAAUGAAGAAGAGAUUGAGUUGGAUGACGACGAGAGUGACGAUGGAGGUCACACAGAAAGCGUAGUAGACGGAUCCAGCAUCGAAGAGCGAGAGCUCCCGUCAACGUUGUUCAGUAGCAGUGUCAAAGCUUAG